GUCGGAUUCGGAAUCCGUUUUAUGGCUUCUGUCCCAUAAAACAUUGACGGUCUUCAUCGUGAGUGGUGUCGCAACUUAUUAUUUAUCGGUAGGAAGUUUCCUGAAGGUCAGAUGAUGCCGCCGCCGCCUCUUGUCGCUGAAGAGGCUCCGGCCUCAACCGUUGACCGUUUGACAGCGCAUACUGUGUGACCUCCAAUGCGACCUAAGCAGAUUGUGAUGUUCUAACUUGUCAGAAGUCAAUUUUGUUGUCGUCAUGCCAACAGUGCGACCAGUCAUUAGCUGUGUUCAGAAACUGGUCCUGUACGAAACUCGAGCUAGAUACUUCCUGGUCGGAAGCAAUCAUGCAGAAACCAAAUUCAGAGUUCUGAAAAUAGAUCGUACAGAACCUAAGGACUUGGUGGUUAUUGAUGACCGUCAUGUAUACAAUCAACAAGAAGUUCAGGAACUUUUGAGUCGUCUUGACAUGGGAAAUCGAUCGAAAAUGGGGCAGAAGGGAUUAUCUGGCCUUUCACGUGCUGUAUCUGCUUUUGGCAUUGUUGGAUUUGUCAGAUUUUUAGAAGGAUACUACAUUGUACUAAUAACUAAACGAAGAAAAGUUGCAGAUAUUGGUGGCCAUUCAAUUUAUAAAAUAGAAGACACCAACAUGGUCUACAUCCCAAAUGACUCGGUUAAAAUUGCCCAUCCAGAUGAAACAAAGUAUAUGAAAAUUUUCCAGAGUGUGGAUCUUUCCAGCAACUUUUAUUUUAGUUAUAGCUAUGAUUUGACUCACUCUCUUCAGUUCAAUCUAACAUUGUUGAAAAUGCCCAGUGAAGGAUUAAAAAGUCAAACCUUUGGACAUGGCCGGCAGGAGAGUUUUGACAUCUUUGAGGAUGAGGGUGUCACUGCACAAGCUGGAAGUGCUUCUGGGCACUAUGGCAUUCUGAAUCAGCCCUACCUCAAAUAUGCUUGGAAUGGUUACAUCUUAGAAAAGGUGAAAGCUACUGUCCACCAGAACUGGUUGCUGUAUAUUAUUCAUGGAUUUUGUGGUCAAUCAAAAAUGCUGAUCUAUGGCAGACCAGUUUAUGUUACUUUGAUAGCCAGAAGAUCCUGCAGAUUUGCUGGAACACGUUUCCUAAAAAGGGGUGCAAAUUGUCAGGGAGAUGUGGCAAAUGAAGUGGAGACUGAACAGAUAAUUCACGAUGCUUCUGUGAUGUCCUUUUCUGCUGGAAGUUACUCUUCCUAUGUACAGGUUCGAGGUUCUGUUCCACUGUACUGGUCUCAGGACAUUUCCACAAUGAUGCCUAAACCACCUAUUACAUUGGACCAGGCAGACCCAUUUGCUCACGUGGCAGCUCUUCACUUUGACCAAAUGUUCCAAAGGUUUGGCUCCCCCGUUAUUAUCCUGAAUCUGGUCAAGAAACGCGAGAGAAGAAAACAUGAGAGGAUUUUGAGUGAAGCGCUGUUUUCUGCCAUCACAUAUUUGAAUCAAUUUCUUCCACCAGAAUACAUCAUUCAGUACAUUGCAUGGGAUAUGGCCAAAUACACAAAAAGUAAAUUGUGCAAUGUCUUGGAUCGGCUGAGCAUAAUUGCCGAAGAUGUUGUGAAAAGAACAGGAUUCUUUGUAAAUCACCCUGAUUUUUAUUGUAACACCUUGCGACCAGGUGAAAGAUGGGAUGAACUUUGUGGAUAUAUUCAAAAAACUUUUCGUUUACAGACGGGUGUCCUUAGGACAAACUGUGUUGACUGUUUGGAUCGUACAAACACAGCUCAGUUUAUGGUGGGAAAAUGUGCUUUGGCAUAUCAGCUCUAUGCGAUAGGUGUAAUUGAUAAACCAAGACUGCAGUUUGACACUGAUGCUGUUCGAUUAUUUGAAGAACUGUAUGAAGAUCACGGUGAUACACUGUCUUUGCAAUAUGGAGGUUCGCAGUUAGUACAUCGAGUGAAAACUUACAGGAAGAUUGCACCAUGGACACAACAUUCUAAGGACAUCAUGCAGACACUUUCUAGGUACUACAGUAAUGCAUUUUCAGAUGCUGAUAGACAGGAUGCUAUCAAUCUGUUUCUUGGAGUCUUCCAGCCUAUGGAAGGAAAAUUUCAUCUCUGGGAGCUUCCAACUGACUAUUACUUGCAUCACAAGAACACAGUGGAAUUGUUAUGCCCCAAGAGAAGCUAUACUCAUUGGUGGACACCAGAGGUACUAAUCCAUUUACCAUUGCCUUAUGAUGAAGUUCCUUGCACUGAAAAUCUUAAAAAGCUGACAGUCAUGAAGAAGUUGGAUAAAUCUGAUGAAGAAAUAGAUGUAUACACAGAAUUCUUCAGGCCGUAUGAGCUGAGUUGUUUCGAUGAUGCAUUUUGCCUAACAAUGACAAAUUCAGCCAAGGACUUCAUGCCAAAGCAUGUUGGAAUUGACCCAAGUCCUUUCACUAUUCGCAAACCAGAAGAAACCGGCAAAUCCAUGCUGAGUAAUAAAAGUAACAAGGAAGAAGCUGUAUUGCAACGUAAAACAGUAGCAAGUGCCCCACCACCACCAUCCGAGGAGGUUGUUUCUAGUAGUUCGGAGGAUGAUUCAGGAACCGACAAAGAGGAAGAAGGCCCUGUAUCUCAGCGGUCAACACCAGUGAAAAUUACAGAGUUUGGAGACAAAAUUCCUGAGGACUGCAGCCAAUCUCCAAGAGAGGUGUAUAUGAAUCCCUCUGGGCUUCUAUCAGAAGAUGAUCUUCUAAUAUACAAAAGAUUUGUUUAUUUGGGUCAAAACCAGCAUAAAGUUGACAUAUGCAGCCAACAAAGCAAUGCAAAGCAACUAAACAACAUGAUGACCAUCAUGGAAGCAGUCUCCUUAUUUCUUCAAGACAGUAUUUAUGAGAUGCAUCUGGCUGACCUGGACAGAAAAUCAAAGGAAAUCUUUGAUUCCCAUAUCCAGACCGGCAAAGGCAUUAUACAACCUAUGUGCAAGGAUGACAUAAUUGUCUACAGAGAAUACAUUAGAAACAGAUACAUGUGAAGAACUUCAUCAAGGCAGCCCUAUACAUCUUAAAUUACUGAGGUUAGAAUGUCAUUUAAGAAGAGACAAUUUCCAGAAAUAAUUGUCUUCUUUGCAGGAUGUGACACUUUCAGAGCAUAAUUUUCUUUUCUGCAUCCCAUUCAUACAGUCGUUUUUAGGUCAUAAGUACUGUAUUAUGUAUUAUGCCAAGAGGAUGAAAUUGAUGGGCUGUGUGUGACAUUAAUCAGUAAUGGACUUCAUUUCAGGACGAGCUCAUUGUAUUCGGCAAUGUGUGUCUUGCGUCAGUUUUGCUUUAUUAGAACCAGGAUAUGUGUUAUUUGGAGAUUGAAUAUGGAGUUAAUUGACAUUCCUCGUUCUUUAUAUAUUUAAGAAUAAUGUUCAGAUUUAUAAUGCAUUUUAUGCCAAUGGUGCUCAGUACUGAUGACACGUAUAUCUUUUUCCUGAGUCCUCAUUAAAGAAAGCCACUUUAAAGUUA